GUUCAAUGCAGACAUGUUGCAUGUGGACUGGGUUGUCUUGUGAAGGGCGGCCGGUCUCAUGUCGUCUGCCAUCGAAUUGCUUAUCGCGGCACAUACGGCUUUGUCUGCUGUCCCUUUGAGAACGCUCAGGGUGUCCUGUUUGUCUCCUCCUUCAGUGUUAGUUUCAUUCAUGGAUGGACAAUCUCUGAUGUGGACCCCGAAGCCAGAGCCUAUGCCGAUGCCUGCGUGUGACCCUGGAGUAGACGACAGUGCAAUGCUUGGAAAGGCCUUAAGAUGGCUGAAAGCUGAUUACUUUGCUGAGUUUGCCGUGCAUGAAGAGCUGGUAGCUGCCAAUGCCUCCAUGUUUGGUGCUCGAGGUGCUGAUGAGGUUCUUGCAUUCAAGAAGAGUUGGCUACGGAUGGCGAAAAACUAUGAGGUGGAUGCGAUUCUCGAUGUUGACCUGAAAAACCGAGUGGUCGUCGCAUCCUUUGACUGUCUCAUCUCUGGUAAAGAGGGUCGGGGAACUGAUGUCAUGCAAUUUGAUGAGCAGAUGAAAGUCUCUGGUGUUGCUGCCAUUCGACAUACUCAAGUCACGUCUUAGUAGCAACAGCAUGACAAGACCACUGACCUUUGUAACGGCAAGUUCUUGCCAGAAGGCGUUUUCAUCCGCAGAGCAACAGCAAAAGGAGCUGAAGGUUUGCUUGGCGUGUUUUGGACCUUGCUUAAGAGUCAAGACGUCAAUGAUCGAAAUGUGGUG